AUGGAUUAAAUUUUAUUGGAUGUCUAACAAAUGACUCAAGAGAGAGUCCUUGAAAUCAAAGAUUAAGUACUUUUCCUUUUUUAUAAUAUAUUUUUAGAAUGAAAUACGAAAUUACUUUGCUGCAAUACAAUUGUCAAAUCAAUCGAUAUCCACUUUGGAAUCACUUCAACCCUAAAAUUUAUCCGAUCAACUAGUCUACUUGACUAUCCAAAUAAUUGAUGUCUUAGAUUAGGAUGUCUUUAUAGGAGCUGUCUCCUAAAACAAUCAAGUCAUCAUCUACCCAUUAGGUUGUGAUUCCCACAUUAAUGGAUAACCUCUCUAUUUUGAUAAAUAAGCAUAUACAGCAUGUAUUCUAGAUCCCAACCAUCUAUUCAAACCAACAAAAUCAAUUGUCACUCUCUACUCCAACUUCAAUGAUUCCAUCAAACCAAAAAUAUUCAAUAAAUUCAAUAUCCUAGCACUUAAACAUGAAUACGAAGAUGAAAUCUUCUUCAAUGUUAUUAAAUACAUACAACCAACAUUCAAUAAUCAAAUCAACAAAUAAUAACUCUAUUAAUAAUUAAUCAAUAACCUUAAUCUCAUACUCAAAGACCCUUUAGUUUCAGAACUAUUGGCCUUGCAUCUUCUCUCUUCUGCUAAAUAUGAAACUUAUGCUGAAGGUGCCAGAUAAAUAUUAAAUAUUUAUGGAUUAACUAAAAAUGAUGCUGAUAACCUCAAAUCAGUCAUAUAAUCCAUCUAUUCCCCUACACUUUACAUCCCACUUGAAUAUGAAUUUCUGUCUAACAUUGAAACUCUUUCCAAAAAAAAUUUUGAUGAAAACACAAUAUCACAAGGACUUCUUUGUAUUCCUACUAAUAUUAAUUCUUAAAUAGUUGUAGAUGAAACAUUAAUGAAGGAGGGUUAAAUUUCAGGAAAGACUUUAUAAAAUCUUUAAAAUAUUCAAAAAUUCAUUGAACAUUCUAAAAUUGGAAUUGAUUUUUAAUAUUCAAUGGUGGAAGUACCAGUAUAAACUAAUGUUCUUAUACUUUCAACUGGUAAGAGCUUUAUAUAAACUUCUGAUUCUAUUAAAAUUAAUCCACAAAAUCACAUUGAAAAUAUUCCAGUCAAUUAUUAAGGUUUAGAAGAGUUUGUUAGUUAAGUUCAUUAAUAAUAAUAAAUGUAAAUGAAUAUUGAUGAAGAAUUAAAGAAAAAAAUAAAUUCAAGAUAUAUUGAAUUAAGAUAAUAAAAUGAUUUGAAAAUUGAUGUCAAUAAUUUAAAUAAUUGGAUUUUACAAAUGAAAAUAUUGAGUUUAAUCAAAUAAGAAGAAUCAAAUUACAAUAAUUUUGAAUAUGCUGUUAAUUUAGAUAUUGAAAGAAUUAAGAGAAAUAUGUGA